AAAAAAAUCUAUCGUAUUCAGCCAAAACAAAAAAUAGAUGUCAAUUAUUUUGUGCUAAGAAUGCAAAAAAAAAUUUGGUAGGAAUUAAAAUUGUGGUUGUAAAUUUGACAUGGAAUAACCCGUACAUUAAAUAUGUAAAACUACUCAACUUUUCGUUCAUCAAGAUGCCAAUAGACGUAACGAACUAUUUACAAUGCACGAAAAUGCUUCGUUGCAGAAAACUGGUAAUGAUUUUGUUCAUAUCGUAUGAUAAUUUUAAUUCCACCUAAGAAUUUUUUUCAGUGUAAACAAAAUUGCAGUUUGUUUUGUUUUUUUCCGAUGAGCGUCAAAUUCACAGAACAUAAAUCUUGAGCGUUUUUUCAAAACGUCAUAUCUGCAAUGAGUUACUCUCUUUGUUUACUUUCUCUUCUGUUAAUAAUUCGGUCACUUUAACAUUUAUCGCUCAGCUCUUUGCAUAAUAUGCUAGUUAAAACCACCGUCUUUCGAUCUGUACUGUAAAAUAAGUGAAAAGUGUUAUAGUGACGCCGUAAAAAUCGAAAGAGAAAGUAUAAACAGAGAGUAACUCAUUGCAGAUAUGACGUUUUGAAAAAACGCUCAAGAAAUAGUCUAAUCCACGAUGACGUCAUCAUUUUCAUUUUGACAGUAGCUGCGGGUGUGCCUGCGUUCGAUGUUUUUUUUCUUCUUGUUUUGUGUUUACUUUUACUUGAAAAUCAGCGAUCACAGCUUUUGUUUAUCCAAUUUUAUUUUGAUAGUUAUAGUGAUUUUUAUUCCAAAUGACUCGUAAAUGUGUAGUAGGUAAAUGUAAGUCAACUGAGAAGACAUCGGGAGUUCGUUUCUUCCGUUUUCCUGCUGUGAAAAGCCAACUUCCAGCAUUGGUUAGAAAACGACGAGAAGAAUGGAAACGUAUACUCGCAUUGGAAGAUCAUUACAAUCCAACGAAUGCGUACAUAUGUAGUUUGCAUUUUGUUACCGGUAAAGCAGCGAAACUCACGGAUGUAACACACAUCGAUUGGGUACCCUCACUUAAGUUAAACGAGCCUGAGAGCAGUGGUGUCCUGGAGAACAGGGAAAUGUUGAAUCGAAGUGUAGUGAGAUGUAGUGAAUUACAUCAAAUCCCCCACGACCGCUUCGAGUUGUUUGCUAGUACCCAGUACAUGGCAUUUUUAACAGUACAAAAUGAAAAUGUUGAUAAAAAUGGUGUAGGAAUAGAAAAAAACGGAUUUCAUGAUAACGGUUAUGAACCAUUUUCAGAUAACGGUUAUGAACCAUUCGUAAACUAUCUUACAAAUCAACAUCACAUAGAACCUUGGAUCAAACUGAACAGCUCUCCGAGAAAACCCGAAGAAAUUUUCUCUUCCGAAAAAUCUGAAGAAGUCGUCAAACUAGAAAAAGAUGAAACGGAACAUUCCAAUCCUCUGCGAACCAUUCCGAUGAAAAUCACGAGUGUGGAUUAUUAAAACGAUACCGUUUGGAGUUAGCAAGAUUGCAACAGCGUGUUGACUAUUUAGAAACGGAGCUACGGAAAUCAAAGCGAGGAUUAGAUUGGCAGCAAAUACUCAACGUUGAAAAGUAUUUUCAAAUUUGUAGAAAGUUGCUUAUUAAAACCCUACUGUGCAAUGACAAAGGAUGAAGUCUUUGUAAUGGCAUUGCGAAAACUUCGAAGUAAUGUUUCAUUUCAUGAACUUUCGGAAGAUUACUCAGUGUGUGCUACAACAAUUUCGAAGUAUUUUCACCGAACAGUAUUCGCAAUGUACGAGUGCCUUAAGUAUGCAAUCGAAGUCGUAUCAAAAGAUACAAUCGUUCAGCAUACUCCUCGAUCAUUCAAACAACAGUAUGGGGAUAGAAGGAUAUUUAUUAUUGACUGUUUCGAAGUCAGUACAGAGAGACCGUGUAAUCCUUAAGCUGCGAACGCUCAUCAUAGCGCUUACAAACUUAUGUAAACAACGAAAUUUCUAAUCUGCCUAGCAGCAGAUGGAACGGUUGUGUUCAUCUCCAAUGCUUAUA